AUGGACAGCAACUUCGACGAGCAGAUCUUGGCGGAUAAGCUCUCCAAGCUUAACAACACCCAGCAAUGCAUCGAGAGUAUCCUUCUUCAUAGCCCUUCAGAAACAGUGCCGAAUUCCUCCUUUUCGUACUCUCUCCCCUUUUCUUCUGAUUCAUCUUCCCCACGAUAUGAUCAUGCGGCCUCUUUCUUUUCAUCACCUUCAUAGUUAAUCGAUUCAGUCCUCGUCCCCGUAGCUGUGGAGGAAUCAAGAAGAUAAUAUCGAGUUUCAUUGUUGCAUUUCAAAAAUUUGUUCAAUUAACUCGAAUUCCUCUAGCGCUGUCGCAUUGGUGCAUCUUCCACCGGCAGAAGGCGGAGCUAGUCGUCCACACAUGGGAUAAGCAGUUCCACAGCUCUCAGAAGGAGCAGAAGGUGCCUUUUCUGUACCUUGCCAACGACAUCAUACAGAACAGCCGUCGCAAAGGGAACGAGUUCGUGUCAGAGUUCUGGAAGGUUCUUCCCGCUGCGCUCAAGGAAGUCUUAGAGGCCGGCGAUGACCGUGCAAAGAGCGUGGUCUCCCGACUGGUAUGCAGCUUUAAUUGCGUUCAAUUAUUGACCAUCUGUUCCUUUUUCUCUGUGCUGACUUUUUUUCGGGGGUAUGAUUCAAGUCAACCAAUGAAGCUGCUUUUGAUAUCCCCUGUCUAAAAAACGUCUUGUUUUAUCACAAUUUAGGGCAAGCAGACCCAAAAUAUUAUUAAAUUAGAAAUCAAUGGUUGUCGCGUUUAUAAUUUUCUCGGCUUUUAUAGAAUAUUGAGGUCUCAGUAAGGCAUUAUUACGGUCCAUUUCUAGGUCGGGAUAUGGGAGGAAAGGAGGGUCUUUGGAUCGCGGACGCACGACCUCAAGGAGUUGAUGCUGGGCAAUGAACCGCCGCCAGUGUUGGAGCUCAGCCAGAAGCGCUCCCGCUCGGUCAGAAUCAUAAAGCGGGAUUCACGUUCUGUCAAAAUAGUGAGCACGUCCUCUCUCUCUUUCUCUCUCUCUCUCUCUCUCUCCAUUUCUUGGUGCAUUGUGUGUGGGCCUGAUGAACCGGCGAACCGAACCACAGAAAUUGUCGGUGGGAGGAGCUGCUGAGAAGAUAGUGUCGGCAUUCCACGCUGUGAUCAGUGAGCGCCAGAAUGAAGAUGAUGAGUUGCGUGAGUGCCAGGUGGCGGUCCACCGCGUGGGGAAGAUGGAGAAGGAUGUCGACAUUGCUUGUGCCCAGGGUGAGUGGAACUUCAAUCUCCAUUCCUUCAUGCAGACGUAAUAUAUAUGUAUAUAUAUAUGUAUAUAUAUAUAUAUAUAUUUACAUAUUUUUAAUAUUAUAUUUUUCUUUGAUCAUCUUUAGAAGGGGAUGCCCAGAGGGUGUCGCUGGCCAAGGAAUUGCAGGAGCAGGAGUCUAUCCUGAAGCAAUGCGUUGAGAAGCUAUUGUCGGUGGAGAUGAACAGGGCCGCUCUGGUCUCCCAGCUCAGGGAAGCUCUGCAUGAGCAGGUUUGCAUUGAAGACUCUGCUCCCCCUCUUGUCCAACCGUAAUUGAGGGGAACAUAAAAGGAAGAUCAGGCUUAAAGCCUGGAAAAAAAACCAUUUGAUUUGGUGGCUAUUGAUGAUCAGGGAGAGGGUUUCACCCGGUUUGCUGUCUGGGUUUUUGUCCUUCAGGAAUCGGAGCUGGAGAGUGUCCGAACCCAGUUGCAGGUAUCUGUUUGCUGAUGAGGGAUCAGGUCUGGUGAGGGCCCGAGGUUUCCCCCACUUUGCUCUUAAUCUGUGGGGAUUCUCUUGUGAGCAGGUGGCUCAGGCGCAGAUUGAUGAAGCCACCAACAUGUGCCGUCGGCUGAACAACGAGCCACCGAUUCCCAGGCAAGCGAACAUGGGCAUCCUGGGAGCUGAUAAGCCCAAGAAGACGGCCGCGGCAAUAGCCGCGGAGAUUGCCGACAAGCUGACGGCGUCCUCCCGGUCCCAGCAGAUAAUGACCUCGGUGCUUUCAUCAUUUGCGGCAGAGGAGGCGAAGAACGCCAACCUCUCAUCAGCCGCUGGGCUGCCGAAUUCGGACGGCAGAUCAAUUGCUGUCUCUGAGACAGGCUUUGUUCCAGCUCAGUCGCUUGGCGGUACUUCGGCACAUCAGCACCAGGCAGUGCUCGUUCCCCAGCAGGCCAUGCAGUCCCAAGCUUCUAUGCCGCAGCCACAGUACAGCGUGUUCCCUAACCCACCACAGUACAGCGUGCAACCAUCAGGUGCUGUGUUGAUCGGGGUCCCUUACACUUAUUCCAACCUCCCACCGCCACCGCCACCAGUUCAGGUGAUGAAUCUAGCCAGGCCCCAGUUGACUCAGCAGCAGCAGCAGCACCAACAGCAGCAACAGGGCAUGGCCAUCGUGCAGACUCCAGCACCGCCACCACCACCGCCAAUGGCCAUGCAGGGAUCGAUGACACUUCAACCUGCACUGCCCAGCUACAGGCCUCUUCAGUCCUCUGGCAUGGCGUUCUAUCAACACCGCUCUCAGUAA